AUGCCUGCUGUUGGCUCUCCCGAGUGGUUGGCCGAGGACAAAGGCGCGGAAAUCCUCAUCUCCUGCUGGGUUUCCACCUUGAUCAGCUCCGCGUUUGUGCUGUCCAGAGUCUACGUCAACGGCUUCAUGAGGCAGAAGCUGCGCAGUGACGAUUGGUUUAUCAUCACCGGCCAGUUCUGCGGCUACCUGGCGGUCGGCUUCUCCACCGUCGCGGUCAUCCGCGGCAACGGCCGGCACAUGGCGGCGCUGUCGCUGGAGCAGCAGUCGGGCGUGAGGCUGUGGACGACGGUCGGCUUCGUCCCCGGGCUGCUGUCCUUUGGGCUGCCCAAGCUGGCCGUGGCGUCGCUCCUCACGCGCCUGCUCAACCCGAGGCGGUUCCACCGGUGGUUCCUCUGGUGGCUGGCCGUCUGGUGCCUCCUCUCGGUCAGCACCACCGGCAUCUUGUCGCUGGUCCACUGCACGCCCGCCAGCUCCAUGUGGGAUGUUUCGGUCGAGGGGUCCUGCACCGACGUGCGGAAUCUGAUCUAUUUUGGGUUGUAUGCUGGAGCAUUUUCUGCCUUUGUCGAUGUCUAUCUUGCCGUGUACCCCGCCGUUGUUUUGUUCGGGCUGCAAAUGAGCCUCAAGAAGAAGGUGGUGCUGUCCAGUGCACUGGGUAUCGGAUCAAUCUCCAGCGCCGUUGCCAUCUACAAGACAACCCGCUUACCCUCCAUUGGAAGCGAGGACUUUUCCUACGACACGUCCGACCUGGUCAUCUGGACCGUAGUCGAAGGCAGCGCCAUCAUAAUCGCCGCCUCCAUCCCCGUGCUGCAGCCGCUGCUCGAGGUCAUCAAGAAGCGCAACCCCUUUACGUCCCACGAGCGGUCCAAGCGGGACAGCCCGUCCUUCGGCUCCGGCUGGCGCGGCUACCGCUUCGAGCCCAGCGAGCGGGUCGGCGGCAAGCAGAAGCAGCGCGACGGCCGGGGCUUCGCCGUCGCCGCCGACGCCAGCGGCUUCGAGGAGCUCCUCAGCCCCCUCGACAAGACCCUGACCUCGUACGUGGCCGAGGCCUCGCCCGCGCCGCCCGCGUCUUCGACCAGCGGCCACGACGCGGAGAAGGGUUUUGCUGGUGGGGUGCCGGCUGGCGUGGCGAAUGGGCGCAUCAUGAGGACGGACGUGGUCGACGUUUCGUACCAUGCGAGGUGA